AUGGAGCAGUUCCAGGACGGCCACCACGUGCGGCUGCGGAGCCGCCAGACCGGCACGUACCUGCACGCCGACGACGACGGGCGUCGCGUCUCCCUCAGCCGGCGGCGCGCGUCGAUGAACGAGGCUUGGGCGGUGCACUUGUUCCAGCCCCCUCAGGCGCAGGUGCGGUACCUACUCCUCCACAGCGCCGCCUACGGUCGCUACCUCGCCUCCACGGACGCGCCGGCGCCGCGAGGCCACAGCGGGCUCCGCGUCGAGCAGUGCGACUACGAGCCGUGGGAGGAGGAGGCCAUCAGGUGGCAGGCCGUAGGGGUCGACUCCGGGAACGACGUCCUGCUCCGCAACGUCGCCGGCCGCCUCCGCGCCAACGGGAGGUACCUCAGCGUCGACGACUUCAACAGCACCGGCACGAUGAUGCACUGGGUCGUGGAGCGCAUCCCCGCCAGGAACGACGCGCCUCGUCUUGCAGCUCCGACUGGGCUCCGCCUUCCCAGAAGCCUCGCCUUCGUGUUGCCGUGGAGGGUGAUACAGUACGAGCAGGAGGGAGCCGAGGAGUCCAAUGUCGGCUUCGCCUGGGAAUCACUCGUAUUCAGGGGCAGGUCCGCAUACCACUUGAGGAAGGAGCUGGCCAGUCGGCUGGGUGUCGCCAUGGACGUCUCCAACCUCGUCAUGUGCGUCCGAGCAGGUAUGCACGGGCGGCUUACCCCACUGGUCGUCGACUUGCCCCACAGCCGCGAGACCCUCGACAUCAUCGUCGUCAUGGCCGGGACGCCAGUUAGAACUUGGGAGUUGUCUGCACACUCUUGUAGUAUUAGACAUUUGGAGUAUUUGCAUUAUGCCUUCUGUAAAGGUGCUAGAAGCAUGCAAACAAAUUCAGGUUAUAUUGAUGAAAUGAUGAUACCAAAUUCAGGUUGUUUUACAGUCCACGCCGAGUUGCAGUACCCGGAUGUCAAUGCAGAGUAG